GCACAGUUGAGCUUAAGCAUUGGGUUCUGCUGGCUCGCUCCUCUUUGAAAGAAAGCGGAUGCGAGCCAUGCGUGCCCCGCUCGUGCAUCGCCCUUGAGCGAGGGAGGGGAGAGGGGUCACAUGGGGUGUGGGAGCCGACAGGGGAUCGCGCUUUCCAAAAGCGUGAGACCGCCCCGGUUAUUUUGGAACUUUUUAUCUCUGCCUGCGUGUGUUGAGGCUUUGGUGUUUGGACAAGUCUGUGAGCCUGCAAACUGGAAACGCUGCUGUUAAGAUGUUCUGUUCCCGUCGCUUGGGGUGUCUGUCUGCUUUUCUUCUAUCUUGCACCAGCUGGGAAUCCUGGAAAGUAUCUUGUUUCUUAGCCUCGGAGAGGAACAGCCAACAGCAGAAGAAAAGCAUCUGAACAUAAACGGCAGGCUGAAACGCAUGGGAAGAUUGUGUAGUAAAGCUCACAGUCGCGAAUAGAAAUUUGAGCGAGUUACGUGGUGACUGGGUGAAGUUUGGGCAUACGUCUCACAGGUGACACUAGCAUUGAAACAGUUUUGUUUUGAUGCGGUGUGUCAAAAUGAGUUUAUUUUGCCCCUGUUGCUAGCGUGGAUGCUUGUCUCCUGUGGAGCAGCGCUGUGGAAAGCGGGCCGGUACGCUGGAUUGCUUCGCUGCGGUCGCGGGCACAGCCCUGCUGCUCGGAGCAGGCGCAGGAGGACCCCCUCCCCGGAGCCAGCGCUGGGUCCGGGAGGGAGCCACGGGGUGUGCUGCCUGGGGGGAGAGUACGUCGCUCUUAGUAGGCAUGGAGCAAGUGCCCGUGAUUUCUAACCAGUUUCUUCCGCUUAUGGCAAGCGGUAACCGAUACAGCAGUAAAUACGUUGCUGAUCAUACAUCGCCUUUUCUUCAUUUGACAGAGGUGCGGGCUGCUUGCGGAGUGAAAUGCGUUCAGAGUGAAGUUCAAAGUUUAAGAUGUCUGUGAUUUGAUAGUAGCUGAAGUCAUCACAGGCUCUGAAAGUUAAGCAACUUGAUUUUUUUUUUUUUUUUUUUUUAAUAUGAGCUUUUUUUAGGGUUUGGGAAGUACAGAAUAAAUUGGAAACCAGACAUGAACCCCUUUGAGUGUCUAUGUUUAAGGCAGCUACAGAUCUUUAUUUGGAUUUCUCAAAAGCUUUCAUAUUUUUCUCAUUGUCUCCAUAAAUCAUCUUUGAAUAGUCCAGGCAAACCAAUGUCCAUUAAUACUGGGGUUACAACACAGUAAAUGCUAAUUUUUUUUUUUUUGAGAGUAGAAAACAUUAUUUCCCUGUGUUCAGUUCUUAAUGUUUUUCUUAAGUCUUUGGCUAGCUGUGUAAAUGCAGAACUUGGUCCGUGCUGCUUCCCUGUGAGUACUUAGGCUCGCGGGAAUUCUGCAAGGAUGGCGUGGAGUAGUGUGUGUCCCGCUUCAGGCUGUUCCUCCUGUACAGGCAACUGCAAUGUUGAGAUCUUGGAAGCUGCUGCAGCGUCUUCCCUUCUGAUGGUUGCUCUUUGGAGCUUUGUUGUAUUUUAACCAGGGAAAUAAAAACAGUUCUUGGGGUUGUGGAGUAAUUUAGGUCGAAAGGGACCUCUGGAAAUCACCUGUUCCAGCCCCCUUGUUUAAGGCAGGCCAACUUCAAACAUGCCGUGCUUUGUUCUUACUCCUUCUAAAAUUAGUUUGAGGAGGAGUAUGUUAAUGCGGUAGGGUAUGGUCUGGUUUUGAGCUGCUGGUUUCAUUUCUGGUUUGUUUUUCAGCAAAGCUUCUUCACGAUGUUAUCAUUUCUAAUAACAUUUAAAACUUGGGAGCACUUUCUUUUCUUGAGUUCUGUUUAAAAGAAAAAAUAAAAUCCAUAUAUUGUUGCACCACCAGGAAAAUAAAUACCAGUAAUUUUCUAGCGAUUUGUUGUGAAUUCUUUACUGCAUCAGCUCUAAAUGGAAACUUCCAGUUUUCUUACUUGGCCUUUUUCCUUGGUGCUAAUUUGUUCUUGCUAGGAGGUGCUUUUCCCGAGUUCUUUAUCUCGGGUUGCUUUUGGCAAGUGCACUGCAGGUAGUUCAGCAUAAGAAACUAGAAUAUUUUUCCAGAGGUGGGGAAUUGGUUUUUUUAUGAAAUAAGCUACAUAAUCCUGGCCAGAUCUGUACAUUCCCAUCUGUCCCAGUGCCUCACAUCUAGGCACCCAGCGCUACCGUAGCGGCUGUGGUAGGGUCUGUUCCGUGGCAGUCAGGGGAAGCGAUGAAAACAUCGGGGUUUGCGAGGCCGUGCCAGGGCCUGAAGCACACUCCUGCGUGGUACAGCUCCUCUGGGAUCGCUGGGGACUGGAACGUGGGGCUUAAUUUGGAGCAUCAUGCGCUUCAGUCACGCGAGGCUAUCUUAACGGUUUCCCAUUGGAUUUAGUACGCCACUCAGGCCAUAGAGAAGGACCGGUGUGUGGUGCCGGUGCGAUUCCAGGGAGGUGAUGUACGGCAGAAGUGGAUUCCUUGUCUGCUUUUCUGAUGGAUUCCCUUCCUAGGGGAGUUACCCAUCAGGUGCCCAAGAGCGUGGACUUCUAGGAGGUUACCUGCUUGAGGUGGCAGGAGGUUUCUGUUACAGCAGCUGCCAUCAAAGUACUGUGUUUUCAAAAGUUACUGUCCUGAUUUGACACCACCACCCCCCCCCCUUUUUUUGGGAAAAAGUCUCUUAUUACUGUGUGUAUAAAGCUGAAUUGUUUGCAUGUGGGAGUUGGUCGGCAUUGUUGGUCUCACUUUGCUACAGUUAAACAUUUGAUUAAUAUCUGUUUGAUGCUAUUGUAGAAAUUUCACAUGCUGUAAAAAUAUUUCCUUAACUUGCAUAUUCAGAUAUUUAUCCAAACAUAAUUGCUAUGGGUUUUCCUGCGGAGAGGCUUGAAGGAGUGUACCGGAACAACAUUGAUGAUGUAGUAAGGUUUCUGGAUUCAAAGCAUAAAAACCAUUACAAGAUAUACAAUCUAUGUGCUGAAAGACAUUACGACACCGCCAAAUUUAACUGCAGAGUUGCACAGUACCCUUUUGAAGACCAUAACCCACCACAGCUAGAGCUUAUCAAACCUUUUUGUGAAGAUCUUGACCAAUGGCUAAGUGAAGAUGACAAUCAUGUUGCAGCAAUCCACUGUAAAGCUGGAAAGGGACGAACUGGUGUAAUGAUAUGUGCAUAUUUGUUGCAUCGAGGCAAGUUUUUAAAGGCUCAAGAUGCCCUAGAUUUCUAUGGGGAAGUAAGGACCAGAGACAAGAAGGGAGUGACAAUUCCCAGUCAGAGACGUUACGUGUACUACUAUAGCUACCUGUUAAAGAAUCACCUGGAUUACAGACCCGUGGCACUGCUGUUUCACAAAAUGAUGUUUGAAACAAUUCCCAUGUUCAGCGGCGGAACUUGCAAUCCUCAGUUUGUGGUGUACCAGCUAAAGGUAAAGAUAUUCACCUCCCCUUCAGGACCCUCAAGACGUGAAGACAAGUAUAUGUACUUUGAAUUCCCUCAACCUUUGCCGGUAUGCGGUGAUAUCAAAGUGGAAUUCUUCCACAAACAGAACAAGAUGUUGAAAAAGGACAAAAUGUUUCACUUUUGGGUAAAUACAUUCUUCAUAGGACUGGAUGAAAAUUCAGACAAAGUAGAAAAUGGAAGUCUAGUUGCAGAUCAGGAACUUGAUGGUAUUUUCAGUACAGAGCGCUCGGAUAAUGAUAAGGAAUAUUUAAUCCUUACAUUAACAAAAAACGAUCUAGACAAAGCAAAUAAAGACAAAGCCAACAGAUAUUUCUCUCCAAACUUCAAGGUGAAGCUAUUUUUCACAAAAACGGUAGAAGAGCCAUCAAAUCCAGAGGCUAGCAGUUCAACUUCUGUAACGCCAGACGUUAGUGACAAUGAACCUGAUCAUUAUAGAUACUCGGACACCACUGACUCUGAUCCAGAGAAUGAACCUUUUGAUGAAGAUCAGCAUACGCAGAUUACAAAAGUCUGAAUAUUUUUUUUAUCGGAGAUAAAAAAAAACACACAAAAAAAAGCCAACCAUGAAGAGUGAUAAACUUGAAUAAACUGAAGAAAGGACCUUUUUAAAUGGCAAAGGACAUAGUGUCAGAUUACCAAUGAUAGGAACAAUUCUUUCCUGACCAAUCUUGUUUUGCCCUAUAAAUCUACAGGGUUUGACACAUGUCCCGUUGGAGAAAAAAAAAAAGUUACGUAGCUCUGAUAUGUAUAUACCUUUUUGUGUCAAAAGGACAUUAAAACUUCAAUUAGGAACUAUAAACAUGGCACUUUCCCAUUUUAUUCCAGUUUUAUAAAAGUGGAGACAGACCUAAUGUGUAUACGUAGGAAUUUUUCCUUUUGUGUUCUGUCACCAAACGAAGUUUUGAAAAUAUACAGGUUCACAUCCUGCCCCUUUUUUUGCACUUGUGUGGCAACAGAAAAGUCUGCAGUUGGCUAAGAGAUGUUUCUAGAAGGUUUUACUACAUUCUAAUGCAUGUAUUUUGGAUGGGGGAUGGGAAGUAAUGCUCAGAAAGGAAUAGAGUCCGCUGGAGCUUGGCCUGUGUACCAUAUCCGGCUACUUCCACGCACCUUUCUUUAGCAUGCUACCGAAAUUCAUCCUGGACAAUUGAAGAGUCGCCGCUGUCACUGCUUGUUGUUUGUGCAUUUUAUUUUUUUAAGUGUAAUGGUGCUAGAAAAGGCAGCUAGAGGGAGUGAUUCUGUAUAGGGGUACAGGAGUGAACCUUCACAACACCCUAAAGACCCGCAAAUGAAGGGAGAAAAAUUAUUGGGGUCACAGAAAGGAAACACAGCAACAAUGACUUAACCAUACAAAUGUGGAGGCUAUCGACUAAAAUACGGGCUUGAAACAAAUUGUUACAAAAUUUGACAAUGAUUCAUUAAUUGUUUUUUUUCUGAAUUGUAAUGGCUGCUCCAUCUCCUGUGUAAUCGAGGCCAGUGCUAAGAGUCAGAUGCUAUAGUGCAUACAUCAGUCAACACCUUACAGUUAUAUUAUUAGGUUUUCAA